AUGACCUCGUCUCAAAUAUCCUUCCGCUUGGUUAUGACUGCGCCCGCCUGCUUCUGGCACGCUAUCGGAGUCGAACUCGGCUGGCUCUUUCUAGUCAUGGGCCUUCUCAUCGGAGGUGCCGUAUUCCCAUCAGCAUUCGCAGUCAGCUGGGAUAAGCAGUCCAGAUACGGCACUCUAGGCGGAUCACUCUUGACAGCCUGGCUUGUUACUGCUAAUACCUAUGACGGCGAUUUGAUGGUUGCAACAACUGGCUCCUCCUACACCACUCUAGCAGGCAAUCUGGCAGCAGUACUCGUCGGCUUGACCCCAACGCUCAUCAUCUCCAUCGUCAAGCCGGAUAAUUUCAAUUGGGAUAUCACUCGCAGCAUCAAUGUACCUGCAUAA